AUGUUUGGCUCACCCUUUGUAAGAAGUAAUGGGCAGCUGCUGUCUACACCUCCUCUGCAUUUCAAGGACAGUGCCAGAAGUGCCAUUUACCAGCGGUUGCCCCUGGUAUCUCUGCCCUCAGCAUCCUCCAUCCGAUCCGCACCUUCAUUCCAACAGUACAAUAAGCAGAUCCACCAGCACCAUCUGUUCAAGUCGCUGAACUCGAGUAUCUUCUCCAAGCGGUCUGCACGCUCGGCUCCCUCUCGAUAUUCGUCGUCCAGUGUCACAAUUCCCGAGGAUAGUGAACCUGUUUCCACUACGGUGGAGCAGUUUGUGAAUGAUAUCCAACUUCAUGAAACUCACUUCCAACAAGAAGUCGAAAACGGCAUAGAACGCAAAACCAUUCUGUUGGACGAUGAUACCGACGAACUUUACAAAAUCUCGUUGGGAUCGGGUCUCAUGUACCAAAACACUCCUGAGUCGUUGAUCGAUUGGAACCUAAAUGUCACCCGGUGUAAGUUGAUCUUGAUACAAAUGCCCAUGGUGUCUGCUGUUCCUGAGUUGCACUACUCGCUGGGCUCAUUCCCACUACUUGUGGGAGACCUUGCACAAACUUGUCAUCUAGUGUUGAUUCAGCCGCACAUACCCGAUAAAGAGCUCAUCUACACGUUAUACUCAUCAGAUCUUUACCAGGAACACAAUUUGGACGCCGCCUUCAAGAAAAGCGUAGCGGAAAUCAGCGUCAAACAAUCCCCCUUGCUUCAAAUCAACUCACCAACCAAAGGAAAUCAAGCACCUAUAACGUCUGCUGAUAACCAAGCGGCUUUGAAAUUCAAGUACAAGGAAAUCGCCCUUCGAAAUUACCUUAUAAACUUGGCUGCUGCAGCCACCACUGCACACGAAUACAAGAUCCGAUCUGAUGAGGUCAAGAAACAGCUCAACCAAUCUACUGGUGGGAAAAAGAUCAAAUUAUCAAAGGAUGAUAAAAAACGCUUAUGGGAUCAGGUUAGACUGGACGUCUUUAAAAGAGCUGGCUUAGAGGAAUAA